UGGAGGUGGAGGAAGGGGUACUGUCGACUCUGUUGUGGUUUGACACGCGCUCCGUCCCUCCGCACUUCUUCCUUCCUUCUGGUGUUUCCUCAAGGAUUCAGCGGCGUGUUCCAGCGUCUGAGGUGGAAUGUGUCGGAACCCGUUGAGGAGAGUGACUAUGAAAACACGAGAGGACAGUGCGAGUGGAGUGCAGCGCGGGUCGUGAACUAUGUAUGAGUGGUCGAAGAGUGACUGCGAGAACCCGGUGACUGGAUAGACAAGUGGACAGUACAAGUGGAGUGGAGUGUCAUGCGUGUGAUGAACCGUGAGUCGUUGAAGAGUCACUACCAAAACCCGGUGACUGGAUACACGCGUGUGAGUCGAGUGCCAGUGGAGUGUAGUGUUGCGCAUGUGAUGAACCGUGGGCUGGCGUCCUCCACCCGUCCUCCGCCCCGCCCAUGAAUGCCUCCCGUAAAGCUAACAAAAGAAAACGGUUAGCAAACAGUGUGUCACAAAGGUGUGUCAGGUUAAUGGCAGCAACGAGGUGAAGUUAAUGGCUCGCUUCCGUGUCGCCCGCCGCCGCUACUGCCUCUGCCCCGGGGACCCUCCUCAGGAAUAGGCGAUUGUGUGUUUGUUCAUCCGCUGAAAGAGGAAAUUUUGCCUCACUCAGGCUGAAAAUUGAGGGUCCGAGUGUGGCGUCCUUGCAUUGGCGUGUGUCCUGAAGUGAUGUCGCCCCAGAAGUUUUGUUACACUGGUUCGUAAAUAAGCCAAAGGAAGUUCUUCAUUAUUGAAAAUUGUAUAUAUGUAAAGAGCAGUAAAUAUUUUUAUUGAGGAGUGUAAGCGAGAUAGAUAAGUGUGUAAAGCAAAUAUACUGAAAAUCUAUCCAUCUAAUUUUAUGGUGAUCCAACAAGUACAUUUAAAUAGAAGUGACGUCGGAAAAAAAAAAAUGGAAACUAGAUAGACAAAGAGUUACUGACCUUUGUACAUGUGGUUAGGCAGAAGGGUUGCACAAGGAAACAAAGAAAGAAGAAAAGAGAGGCAAGUAAGAAAAGGAAACAAUGAAAACACAAGAAGAAAACAAAUAAAGGAAGUAAGUUUGAGCGUUGAUAAGAAAACAGUUACGGUGAAUAAUAACAUCCUGAUAGAGUGUGUGUGUGUGUGUGUGUGUGUGUGUGUGUGUGUGUGUGUGUGUGUGUACGAGUGAGCGGGUGUGACCAUCGCUUCUAUUGUCGUCUUUAUCGGAAGCAAUAGUAAUACCACCACCACCACCACCACAAUCAUCAUCAUCAUCAGGACUAUCUUGCCCUUCCACCUGUAUGGCUCCUCGCUUCCACGUUUGCAACCCACGGAAAGCAAGGAACGAGGAGGACGAGGCCGCCUCAGGGACAGUGACCUUCCCGGCCCUCACGACGCCCCCGCCGCUGCCCUCUGCCCUCGGCCGCCGCCCUGCUCCAGCCCUCCAGCGGUCCAUCACACACACGCUCAUCCAUUGUUCGUCUCUCAACUCUCGGAAUGAUUGUGAAGUGUUCUCGAGGCCUUGACAAUGCCAAGCAGCAGAAGAGCAGGGCAGCAUGAGCCGCUCUAUGCCACGCCAACCCACCCGACGACUGGUUCAGAGGUGAGAAUGGCCCACUCCGGUGCGUGGGUCGGCUGUGAGGGUCCCGGGGAGUCCGAGGCUCCAGUGGUCGGCCCUGCCCAUAGGGAGGCUCCUUGGAUACGAACGUCGGAGGUGAGGAAACAAGGACAGUUCGUCACGGUGGUGGAAGUUGAGAAGGACGGCGAGGAAACAGCCGAUACGACGUGCCAUGCUUGGCGGGCCACGACCCAGCCGGUUCCCCGCCCCGCCCCCAGAGGGUUCGUUACGGUGGUGGCCGUGGGGACCAACACCAACACUAGUCUUCACCUCGACCACGCAGGCAACCUCGCCGUCGACUCCAACGUCAAGCUACACAUGGAGCUUCCCGGCGCGACGAACGCAGACUAUGUUAACCAGGAGACGAUUGACAGGGAACGGAAGGCCGCCGAGGAGCAAGAGAGGGACGCAGACACCCCCUCGAGUGUGCCGGACCAGGUGGUGGUGUACCGUCUGCCCGGGGAGCGGCUCGGGCUGGGCCUCAAGUUUGACGGCGGGAUGGGGGCGCAGGAGUGCGUGAGGCGGCUCUUCAUUCAGAGUGUUGCGCCCGACUCCCCCGCCGCUCGGGCCGCUGUGCCUUGGGGUGAACUGCAUCCCGGUGACCAGAUCCUGAACAUCGAGGGUUGUAGCGUCUCCUCCAUGACCAGAGUGCAGUGCGUGUCCUUCCUCAAAGAUGCUGCCAUGAAGAUUACCAUCGGUGUGCUGAAGGGGAACGGACAGCUGCCGGACUUGGACACGUGCACGGCGAAGGGCCAAGACUACGGGAAGGAGGAAGGGGAUUAUGUCAAUAACGGUUCGGCACACCCACCGCCGCUAAUCGUUGGGGAGAUGAGAAAACGGAUGCCGCCCCCGCCUCUCCCACCCAGAGCAAAACCCAGGAAAUCCCCGGCCCGCCCCCCCAAGGACCCGCUGCCUCCCCCGCCGAGUGGCUUCCAGGACUUGGAGGAUGAAUCGUCAGGUCAAAAGGUCGCCGGCAGGAGUCGCCCUGAAGACAAGGAUCACCCAGAAUGGCGCGAGUUACUCUCACGUCGAGGUCGUUCCGGUGAUCUUGAGGAGCUACUCGAGGACCUGGAGUUUCACCUCCCCAGCUCUUGGGCCGCAAAGAGGCUAGAGGAUUCCAACGAACGUGGCCUCCCUCCACGACCCUCAUUCUACCUGGACCUUGUGGGGGAGGAGGACGCUGCGGGGCCUUGUGAGAGUGAGAGUGACGAGACUAGCAGCUCCGUGUCCACCGUGAUCGACAGGCUCUCCCUCUCCUCCUCCACCACAGUGUCGCGGAACUCCUCCUUCAACGCCUCCGCUGACGCCUCGAGGUUCGAUUUGGCCCGUGCGUUGAGUCCAUUCGAGCAGUUGGAGAAAGAACUCGAGACGGAGGUGAGUCAAGAGGCCCAGCCAGCCAGCCCUGCCACCGCGCCCCGGGAGGAAGUGGCUUCGGCGCCCCCUGUUGACCGCAGCACCAAGCCCGCCGCAACAACACCGGCCCCUGACCCAGCACCUGCCGUCGAGGCGGAGGUGACGACAGCCUCGGAUAAAACUGUGUCCAAAACUAAGACUCGUUCCUCUAUCAAGUCCUUUGCGUUGAGCUUGAAGGGACGUCCAUUCUCGUGGCAGCAAGGGAAAAAUAACACCGAGAGAGCAGAGCGUGGGGGCGGCAGCCGAGGAGAAGGUUUAGUGUCGAUCAGAAGGCCUGGAAAGCGACCUGCGCCGCCUCCUCCCCCGCGGUCCGUUGCCGGCGGCGCCGACCCCGCCAGCACCCCGCCGUGCACCACUUCCGCCUCCGCCACUGCCGGCGUCAAGGAAACAGGUGCAACGUCAGACAGCACCGAUACCGUAGCAAGAAACGAUGAUAGUUACAUUGAUAUAGCUGCCGAAGUUGCUAAAGAGGCUGAUAUACAUAAAUCAGCGACCUUGCGGAGGAACAGACUUGAGAGACAACCCGCUAUUGACCUCACAACGGAGGAAGAAACUGAAGACUUUUCCAUUUCCGCCCCGAGUGAGCGGCCCAAGCCUGAGGCAGAAUAUCUUAUGCUUCUUGACUCCCCAACCGGUGUGGAUCAAGUGGACGCUCUGCUUGUGUCUGCACAAGAUGAUAAAGAGGAAAAUAAUGAAGGUGAUGGUAAAGAGUGCGAGAAAGACUCCUUAGAUCGAUCAGAGUCAUUAGUAAACUCUGAAUCUAAGGCGGAGGAGGCUGAGGACGAUGUCACUAGCCAGUCAUCAGAAGAUCACGAUGCAUCCUCAGUAGUGGAAGAGAAUAGUUAUACCGCUGUUCACGAGGAGACUCAAGCUCUUACUCUGUCGCGCAGCUAUGUAGAAACGCAGGCUGAAGUCCAUCACCAGCCUCGGGAGGGUCGCUUGAGAGGUCUAGAGGUGGAAACAGAGGGUCAGUGCGGAGAGGUGGCUCAGAAGGAUGAGGGUGUGAAGGUUGACUCCUUACAAGACUCUGACACAGAGGCUGAUGGUGAUGAUGAAGGCAGUGGAGACGAGCAUCGAGGAGGAAGUGAGUCCGAAGUCUGUGAUACGAUUUUGCUUGGCGACGCAGCGACUUCUGAUGAUGAUGAUGAUGGUAAUAAAGCGAGUUCUGAUGCUGUGUGUCACAAGCUUGGUCAAGAAACUAAGUUAGACGACACUGCUGAACGCAAAGAGGUCACCAAUAUUGACCUUAAAGACGGAAAUGUUGCACUAGUCACUGAAAAGGAAGAGACUGCUAAUGUAAAACUGCAUAGCGAAAAGAUUGAUAACGAACUGAACGAUUCAUUAGUUAGUGAAGGGACUGAGUCAGAUGAUGUAAAUGAUAAAGGCGAACUGAAGGUAGAAGAGAACAGUCAAGUUAGUGAUGCUGAAGGAGGGAGUGAAACUGACGUCAGCAUGAUAGAACACAGCACGAGGUCUGACGUCAGCAUGAUAGAACACAGCACGAGGUCUGACGUCAGCAUGAUAGAACACAGCACGAGGUCUGACGUCAGCAUGAUAGAACACAGCACGAGGUCUGACGUCAGCAUGAUAGAACACAGCACGAGGUCUGACGUCAGCAUGAUAGAACACAGCACGAGGUCUGACGUCAGCAUGAUAGAACACAGCACGAGGUCUGAGGACAGCAUGAAGGCGGAAGGCGAGCCGGAUGGUGAGAGAGAAGAGGAACAUACAGACAAGGAGGCACCCGCAGAAGAUGGAGGCGGUAGAGACGAUUCACGGGAAGCAGAAGGAGAUCAGAACCUUUACGAGGAGAUUGACGAUACGACCUGCUGCGAGAACCAGGACCAAGAAGAUCAAGAACAGGAAAUCUUCUACUCGUGCUCCUCGCCGAAACAAUCGGCCGAAAACUCUCCGCGGGACCUUAUUCUUAACGACUCGGCAACCGGAGAAGAAGAAGAAGACCGUGAACUGUAUGACGACGUGCUUGGGCCGCCUUCAGACCAAGCAUGGAGUGAGUCUCAGGAUUCCAGCGACCUUCAGGGCCUUAAACUGAGCGGCCCAGAGGAGGAGAGCGGCGAGCAGGACACCGUGGACGAGUCAUUCGAGUCUUUGUAUGAUGACGUUCUGGAGGGCGACGGAAGCGGCGUGACAGAGGGCGUGAAAGGAAGCACAGAGAACACGUACGAGAAUGUGGAGGAGAGUGAACUGACAGAGGGGAAGGCAGAUGACGUUGUUGUGAAUGGUGACGGGGUUCGGGAGAGUAAUGGAGGCAGUGUAAUAAAGGGCGUGAAGGGAAGCAUGGAGACAGUAUAUGAGAACGUGGAGGAGAGUGAAAUGACGGAGGAUACAGAGGUAACAUUGGACGAAGGUGUAACUAGCGAGGCGAGUGAGUGUGUGGCCUCAGGAGGGGAGAGUGAGGCGCACCAUGGCAGUGUGAAGACCGUGACGGAGUGUGUGCGGCACCGGAGGCUGCGGCAGGACAUUGGUGACCUGAUCCGCCGGGAGAUGAACCUGGAGGAUGACGUGACGGUGGAGGUGGAGGAGGAGGAGGAGGUGGAGUCGACGGUGGAGUGUGAGAACGAGGAGGAGCUGCUGCUGGUGAUGCGGGCGCUGCGGAGGGACCAGCCCGGGGACAGCCUGAGAUGGCUGGAGGACGAUAGUGACGAGGACGAGGGUGCGGGGGGCGCUGAUGGAGACAAGGAGGGCACGGAGGAGAGCGGGGGCGAAACGGAAAAGAGAGGUCAGGACCCGUCAGGGAGCGCGGGCGACCCCCAGCCAGCACCGCCUCCCUCUAGGGGUCAGAGUGCUCAGGGGGACACAGGGGUGGUGGUGGCGCGUGCCCUGAGCGACCCCACGGGAAGGAGGGAGUGCCCCCGCGCCCCCCCUCCCUCCCCGCCCGCCCUCUCCGCUGCCGCUGCCCAGAGCCCAGUCUUCCCCGCCAGCACUGCCGCUGCCGCCGUCCUCCACAGUCUUGCACGGGGCACUAGCCGUCACCCACACCAGACCGCCGCCCUGCACCACCGCUCGCAGCCGCUCGCCCUCCCACGCUUCGUCGGCCCUCGCCCCGCGGACAGGGAGGCUGCGAUCAGUGACGGAUCGUGUGUCAGAGCCGCGGACAAGGCCAGGACUACCUUCCUCACGCCCAUAGACGAGACUGAACUGGACUCCACGUGUGAGGACGCGAGUGUAGUGGCUGACGAAACACUCGGAGUCACAGAAAGUGCCAAAGUGAAGGACAGUGCGUCGUCUGAGGCUGGUGUGCCGCGUGUGGAUGCUGCGCGGGGCCUCCAGGCACUGACACUCCCCGGGACACGCCACACGAGCCCCCCGAGCACCGCCGCGGCCAUGGUGGCGCGCACAGACACCAACCAGGGCGGGAAGGUCGCCUCCUGCCCUGACGACCUGCAGUCCCUGUCCGUGCUGGCACUGCAGGGCAAAGAGGAGGUGGGCGCCCCCCUCCUGCCUGCCACGCAUCUAACUUCCGCCUCUCCCCUGCACUUGGCACCUCAGGAUUCUGAGGGAGCCGCCAGUGCCACAUCAUCAGGGGAUGCUGCUAGUGACGGCCCCUCGACGCCCUCCACCUUCUGCAGCGACGGGGAGGAGCUGGACGAUCUUGAGGAUGAAGGACGCAGCAGCGACAACACUCCCGAGCCCCCGGACUUCACCACACACCCCGACAUGACAGGUAAGUAAGUUGUCUGCCUCUGGUCAGCACCAGCGGCCACACUAAUCACCAACACUUGCUGGCGUGCCCUAUAAUUCUUCAUGAGCACCAUCACAGAGCGCCGAUGUAAUGAUAGCUAAGCCGCAUCAACGUGGCACUUACGACAUUCCACAUUAUUUUUACUUGGCUGCUUCUCCGCUUCCGUAAAUUGGUAGUGAGUGUGAUGAGGACCUCCCGGGCGGCCCAUUCGUCAGGGUGGUCCUCGUGUGACGCUAAUGACACUGUUGUGCGGCGUCGUCAUUGUGAGGGAGCGUAACGAUGAGUGGGAGGGGCCGGGGGAGGUGGUGGGUGGCCGCGGCGGUGCUUGGCGAAUUCCUUGGUAACGCUUCCCGCCUCGCACAAACACUCGUCCUUCAGAUACCCAGAGAACCAACCCCGACCCUGUCCCUCUGAUACUGCCGCAGGUGAUUAGACUGACAUGUGUGGUGUAGGUAAGGUCCAGGCCGUGACAGGUGGUAGGAGAGUCUGCCACAGGUGUAAUUCAGUGCUUGGCGGCGGCGGGCAGGUGGCGACGUUGAGGCUGACUCGUUAAAAGCCUUCGUCCAAGUGGCUGCGACGUUGACAAUUCCAUCACGUAGUUUAUCAGGUAAUAUAUCAGAGUUAUGAGGAGGUGAUGUCCGCCCUGCUACGUGAGAUGACGUCGAAUAUAACCUUUUUUUAGUGACAUGGUCGAGGGCAUCGUCUGUCUCUCUGUGUCCGCGAGUGCACAGUAGCGAGGCGAAUUUAGAGUCUUUGUCCUCUUGAUAAAAUUGUAUUGCUGUUUUUUAUGCGCUGGAGUGGCGGUUUGUGGC